UAUUGCUUACGGUUUAACAUCCGGCGGUGUUGUUUGGCUUCUCAAUGUUUACCUCUCACAAAUGACAGUUUCUUGACUCUUUUGUGUAAAUUCAACAGCACUCGCACAGUUCCACAUGUACCGACACCAGGUUAUUCUCUCAAUUGCAGUUGUGUUGUUAUAUUGUUUAAAAGAUACAUCAAGUGAGACUAAAACAGGAAAAACGCCCUGUGAAAACCUGCUGUUGGGACAGUACCUAUGUGACGAUCCAGAGAUAGACACUGAAACCCAGCAGGCAAAGGAAUGUAACCCAGACAGCAGGACAGUUCAAGUGACCUGUCGGCCAGCUGCAGACAUCACUUGUAUUUAUGAUGGCAAAGAACAUAACAGCAAAAACGGCUUCAAAAAGAAUGUUCCAUGCAAAUGGACAAAUGGACACAAGUUUGAGACUGCCCUCCUGUUGUCCAUAUUCCUUGGGAUGUUUGGUAUUGACAGGUUUUACUUGGGCUACCCUGCUAUAGGUUUGGUGAAGUUUGCCACGCUAGGGUUCAUGUUCCUGGGUCAGCUGAUCGACAUUCUGCUCAUAGCAACACAGGUAGUGAAGCCCUCGGACGGGUCAGAGUACGUGAUAGACUACUAUGGUGCAGCAACGACGCGGGUGAUGAUGGACAAUGAAACACGGCUCCGUGUACAGAUAGAUGGAGGUUUAUGAUAGGAGACCUCUAAAACACUGCUGACAAGUCCCUCCCUGCUUCAUACUUGCAGUAUGGUCUUCAGAGUGAAGAAAUGUUAAAAUCUGCUCAGUUACUGUAUUUCCAGAAUGAAAAGCCUAGGAUGUCAGUUUCUUUCUACCAUAGGCCUCAACCCAUAUUAGUGUGUCCUCUUAUUAUAAACUCGGUCUUUAAUUGUUUUGUAUCUGGAAUUAGAAAGAUAGAUAGAGAGGAUGGAAAGGUCAUCUUUGACAUUGAUAAAUGAUGGUAUUUAAUGUAAGAGAAGUCAUUGGAUGUAAAUGACCAGGGCUCACUUCCACAAAGCGAUAUUAGUGGUAAGACCAUCUUAAGUCUAUGUUAGAGUAUAGGACUUAUGAUCAUCAUAGUGGUAAGACCAUCUUAAGUCUAUGUUAGAGUAU